AUGGAGUCGGUUACUAGACAUCGGGCCGAUAUGAUCUCGUUUUUCACAUUCGACUCAUACAUCUCAAUUGUCGGUGUGGCAUACACAGCUGUUGGUCUCUUGGGAGUCUUCUGCAAUGUAACAACGGUUAUCAUGAUUCUGACCAACCGAGUGUUUCGCCUUUCCGCAUACACAAUAAUGGCAAAUGUAGCACUGGCAGACAGUAUUGUCAUGUUAAUUGCUGGUGUAGCAUGCGGGAUGGAUGUUAUGUGGCCAAAUCCAAAUGAUCUCACGUCAUUCAUUCCCAGUCUUGAAGAACCAUACCAGAAGAUUGCCCCUGUGUCGCUCCGAAACGACUCAAAAACAGAUUCAUCAGCAGCUGGUUUCGAGACUGGAAAUAUUCACGCGGUGCUCUCGUUUUCAUUUGUCGCUGCAUGGACAGCUGGAGUGAUCAGCUACGCAAUGCUAGGAACGAACCGAUGCAUUGCAAUAUGUUAUUAUGGAACUAAAGCAAGAGCACUCAAUCAAGUAUCAGUUGCUGUUGCUUGUUCUGCAAGUACAUGGAUAGUCGGAAUUGCAGCGGCACUUGUUGGAACACUGUCCCAGCCAAUGAUUGGAAUACAGAGAACUAUGUGGAGUAUCAGUUUUUUAGAACCAAGACCUCACACGACCCUGUUUUUCACACUUCUUUGCGCUGCAAAUCUGCUCGGUCUUGGAGCUCAAUGGGUGUGCUCAACUUUGGUUUUGCUGAAAAUUCGUCAAGUAAAAAAGAAAAUCAGCAAAAACAAACUUAAUCAAAACUCAGCAAACAGAUUCAGGAAACAGGUAAUUUUAGCGCUCAAUGAAAUAAUUGUAACUGGCAAUUUCAAGGCUCGACUGACGUUUCAAUUCUUCUACCCAUCAAUUUUGUGCACAAUUUCUACAUUUCUCUUUUUCAUCAAACCAUAUGCAUUUGAAUAUCUUUCCGGGUGGCAAUUAGUUAUUCUUCAUCUCUUAUGGUUGUGCAAUCAUACCUGUAACCCAUUUAUUUAUGCAUAUUUCAAUGACAGAAUGCGCUUGACAUACAAAGAAAUCUUAACAUGUGCGGCGAUUCGAUAUCAAAUCAGAAAACGAAGAUCGAGUCACCCCUUCAGAAUGCAUGGGCGACAUAAUGUUUCUAAACGAUCCAACGCAGCUGGAAUGAAAUCGACGCGAAUAUCAGCUCGAUCGGGCCGUACAAACAGGGACGGUAAUUUUGUGCGCAAUUCACUGCAAAUGCAGAGUCGAGACUUUGAGCAGCUAUGCGAGUUCAUAAUGAGAGUCAACCCAUUGUACGAUUCCAGUGAGGGAUGGAGGGAAAGUAGCGAUGAUGAACCAUUCCAGCCAGAGUUCACAAAAGAAUUGGAAUCUGCUCACAAUCAAGGUGGAUCAUCCCGAUUUGACAGCGAACGAGAGGCGAAAUCUAUCGUGCUAGAUUUGGGGCGGCAAACAGUUGAGCAUUGGGUGAAAUUUGCCAAAAAAGCGAGCAUUUAA